UCUCGAUGUCCAUAUCGAAUGCAUGCGUAAGCUCCUAGAGGGCGGAGCUAGCGCAAAAGGCCAGGAAAUCACAACAACGGGCACCUUUCGGACCUAUCUGGACCUAGCGCUAUCUUGCGCAUGCAACAUCAAGGGCGGUGUUACCUGGGGCAACAUUGCAUAUGGGGUUGCAAUACUCAAGCUACUGCUUGAGCAUGGAGCCGACCCAUUCACAAGGGACGGAACUGACAGAGACCUCCUCGAGAGGUGCAUACACGUCAGGAUCCCCAACAACGAGCACAUUAAACGGGCAGCCAUCCUAGCCAGGGUGGCUACAGACAUGAACCUUUCUACACUGCUGCCCACGGAAUAUAUCCUCCAAAUCAUCGCGUCGAUACUCCUCAAUAUUCAAACAAAGGGCAAGUUAUACCCAAACAGGGCUCGUUACACGGGAAGUGAUGUAAUGUUGGCUUGGAAUGUGUUCGGACUGGUCUUGGAUGCCUACAAGAAGAUGCCGCCGCAGUUGGCGGAUAGCAAUGCUGGAAUCAGAAAGGCACUUCAGGAGAUUGAGGAUAAAUGUCAUGAAGGUUUCUGGAAGACGCACGGAGAUGAGUUUCGCAGGUGUGAAUACCAGGCCAUGUAUGUACAGCACCGAUGAGCUGUUGAGGUUGUGAGCGCGAUAUCUACGCGACUGCUUGGGGCAGCAGUGUGGUAUGAGAAAGGCAGCCGGGGGUUGGGGCAUCUGGUGUUCAGAGCUACAUCAUGGCCUUCAUGGAGCUGUUCUCACUUGUACGAGUGGUUGGGAUACCUCUUAGUUAUGUAGCUCUUCAAGGCUCCUUCAUGUACUGUAGCUGACGACCACACAAAGAAAC